GCUUGAUGUUUGAUCAAGGAAGCAAGAGCAAUUCAUAUCGAAGCAAGCUGAAAUUAGCAUAACCCCGGAGUGAAAGUGCAGUCAGAACCGGGUGCGUGUGAGUGUGUGUGAGUAGCGUGCCGGUGAAGAUAGCAAAAAGAGCAAAUCGAAAAUGGCCGCUUUGAGGCGGUUCGUCAGAUUCGGGAUGAUGAUGGUCGUCCCUCUGUGUCUGCUGUUGCUGCUGCUGCAGCUGCCCGUACCGAUCGUAGCAAUCCAGCAGCAGCAGGAAACGAUUGUGGCGCACGAGGACGAGCUGAGCUCGGCCGGCGAAGAGUUCCAGGAGCACAGUCAGUGCGAACCGAUCACGAUACCGUUCUGUGCCGGCAUCCCGUACAACAGUACAAAAAUGCCGAACUGGUUCGGCCAUACCCGACAGGAGGAGGCCGCACUCGAGGUGCACCAGUACGUGCCGCUGGUAAAGAUCAAGUGCAGUGCCGACUUGAAGUUCUUCCUGUGUGUGCUGUACGCACCGAUCUGCACGUUUCUGGCCAAACCGUUGCCACCCUGCCGCUGCCUGUGCGAAAGUGCCCGGGCCUGUGAGAGCAUCAUGAAAACGUUCAACUUUCGGUGGCCGGAAAAUCUCGAGUGCUCCCAGUUCCCCGAGAACGUCGAGGGCAGUCUGUGCGUGUCGAAGAACAAGAGCAGCGAACCGACACCGAUACCGACGAGCGCAUCGGCGGCAUCCGCCGGCUAUCCGACGAAAACGGUGGCCGCACCGUACGUACCGCCCCAUCGAAAAUCGUCCGCCGGUACGCCGGUCGGUGUCGGUGGGGGCGGCGGUGUUGGAGUGGGCAGCGGUUUGGUGGGGACGCACCGUGAUUUGGGUUUCAUCUGUCCGGUGCAGCUGAAGGCACCGACACUAAUGGGGUACCAGUUGACCAUCGGUGGAAAGGUUACCAAGGAUUGCGGUGCACCGUGCAACUCGAUGUUCUUCUCGGAAAAUGAGCGUACCGUGCUGAAGUACUGGGUCGGUUCGUGGGCUGCCGUAUGCGUGGCGAGCUGCUUGUUCACGGUUUUAACGUUCCUGAUCGACUCGUCCCGCUUUCGGUAUCCGGAGCGUCCGAUAGUGUUUCUGGCGAUAUGUUACCUGAUCGUGGGCUGUGCGUAUGUGGCUGGACUUGGGGCCGGUGAUUCCGUCGCCUGUCGGGAGCCCUUCCAAUCGCAUAUCAAAAUUGGACGAAUGCAAAUGCUGUCAACUAUCACACAGGGCCAUCGUCAAUCAACGUCGUGCACGGUGCUGUUCAUGGCGCUGUACUUCUGCUGCAUGGCGGCAUUCGCGUGGUGGGCCUGUCUAGCGCUGGCCUGGUUCCUGGCGGCCGGUCUCAAGUGGGGCCACGAAGCGAUCGAGAGCCGUUCGCACCUGUUCCAUCUGGUGGCGUGGGCUAUUCCGGCGGUGCAGACCAUAUUCGUGCUGGCGCUGGGAAAAGUUGAAGGUGACGUGCUGUCAGGUGUUUGUUUCGUCGGUCAGCUGGACACACACUCAUUGGCCAUGUUUCUGCUGAUACCGCUCGUCAUUUACCUCUCGAUCGGGGGAAUCUUCCUGCUGGCCGGGUUUGUGUCGCUGUUCCGCAUUCGCACCGUCAUGAAGCACGACGGCACCAGAACGGACAAACUGGAACGAUUAAUGCUGCGGAUCGGAUUCUUCAGCGGACUGUUCAUCUUACCUUCGCUCGGCUAUCUUGCCUGUCUGUUUUACGAGUACUAUCACUUCGACGAUUGGAUGAUCCAGUGGAACAGACAAAUGUGCAAGAUCUUCUCCAUCCCGUGUCCGGCGGCACGGCAUGGCCCACCAGACCCGAAACCCAUCUUCCACAUCUACAUGGUAAAGUACGUAUGCUCGAUGCUGGUCGGUGUGACGUCCAGUGUGUGGCUAUGGUCCGGUAAGACCGUCGUCAGCUGGCGGCAGUUUGCCGAACGUCUCCAGGGAAAGGACACGCGGAGUCGCGGUGCGUACGUCUAGUAGAGGGUAACGCGGGUGCGUAUCGUCGCCCACCAUCCGGCGGUGCGCAUUACCGCGAGAGUCAUUAGGUUUUAGGAAGAGGCGUCAUCCACAUCAUCAUCAUCAUCAUCCUCAUCCUCAUCAUCAUAUUGCACGAUCUGCAAAAAAGGU